AUGCCACUACUAUCGCUCCCCAACGAGCUCCUCCUGCAAAUAUUCGAGCACCUGUAUGUCGAUGACGCUAAUGCCUGCUCACAGACCUGUCAUUUCUUCUACGCGCUCCUCAACCCAAACCUAAUCCGCCGCUACGCAAAGCAACAUGAGCCAAAGGUCCUCCGGCAUGCAGUUAACCAGGGCGACUAUGCCUUCAUGCAAAAGCUCUUCGAGGCUGGCGUUAACUUUGACGCUUACCGCGAAGAACCUGGCGACCAUUUCUGGGACGAGGCCAGUAGCGACCUCUUAUUGAACAAGGCCGCCGGCAACGGCCGUACGGAAGUCGUGCGGUUUUUACUUGAUCAGAACUUCGGUGACUCCCAUAGGCCAAGGGGCCGUGGUCACUUGCCGCUUGUGUGUGCUCUGCUCAACGGACACUUGGGGAUAGCAAGACUGCUGAUUGCUCGCGGCGUGGAUGCGGGCUUACGGGCACGGCCUCGUCGCUUCAUUUUUGACACCGACGCUCACCGGGCUGCGCUGGAAUACGUGGCGGAGAAAGGGCCCCUCGAAAGUGUGCGUUUUCUCCUCGAUUUGAUGCCCUCGAGCGUAAACACUGGCAAUGAGUUCAACCAGACGCCCCUCAUGUUUGCCGCGAUGGGAGGGAACUUGGAGAUUUUGAGAUGUUUGAUCGAUAAGGGAGCGGAUCUUGGAGCAAUGGAUCCCCUGGGCCGGGGCGUCCUGUUCUAUGCGGCGUUGAAAGGCCACGAGGACGCAGUUUUGCUUCUGCUGGAGCUGGGGCAGCUCGAGGAGGAGAAAGAUGCGAACUUUCUUGUUCGGCAGCUUAAUGGCGAAGCCUUGAUUGAUAUAGUUGGGCAAGGAAAUAGCCGAGUCAUAGAGAUUCUGCUGACCUGGAACAAUCUCGCGGAGAGAAUAGCUGCUUCAUUGACGUUUGACCAUCUCGGCCUUCACUAUCUUCUGCUUGCCAGUGCAGUCGGCGGCGUUGACUCCUGCGUUCAGCUCCUCCUGGAAACCAAAGAUGGGUUGACCCCUUUGAGGAAAGGUUGCAUCACUCAAUCAGAAUCACCCAAUAACCAGAGAUCGUUGCAUCAAUAUUAUUUCAGUCCCCUAGAAGAAGCGGCCCACAGGGGCCACACUAGGAUCGUUCUCCGCCUUUUACAUUUCAUGCGUGCUCGAGAGCCUGCGAGGUUUGAGAUAUCUUUCCUGACCGUUGUUGAUGCCGCGUGCCAUCGCAACCAGCCCCAGUUACUGCGAGAUAUCCUCGACAGUGAGUUAGUGAAACAGUUGGAUGGUAAUAGUCUGAAAACUGGAUUGUGCAGAGCACUGCGUCACGAUGCAUGUCACGAAGAAGUGAUGCGACUGCUGCUUGAGCGCGGUGCGACUUUUCCCAAGGAUGAGCGCGAAAGGCAUAUGAUGCUCGGGUUCACCAUACACCAUGGCAGUCCGCAAGCAGUCAAGCUGAUUCUCGAAAAUACAGGCAUCGAUCCGCUCCAAAUAGUCCGGGACCAAUUUUACCAGGACGAAACCAACACUCAAAGCUUUCUUCAGCUCGCAACACGCCGAGGCCUCAGGAACAGGGGCAACCGCCUCGAAAUGGUUCGGGCUCUUCUAGAGACAAACAAUCGGACUCUCAACCCGACAGACCCACACUGUCAAAGGGCCCUAUUAGAGUCAGUUGUCUCCGGUGAUGUAGACACCGUCAAAUACUUCCUCGACCACAACUUCGACCCGAACUGCCAUGAGUCAGGGCCACUGAUACUCGCAGUCACUCCUUUGUGGCCAGAGAAGAGGUGCAGCGAAAUGAUCAAAUUGCUCAUUUCUUACGGCGCCGACGUGAACGACCCCCGGGAACCCGCAUUGUUAAAGGCCGCACAUUGGAAUGUUGGGGAUGCGGCCACAUUCCAAAGUCUGCUGGAUCACGGCGCCAACCCCCUGCAGCGGGAUCAAUAUGGCCAGGAGCCUCUGUGGUUUAACUUGUGGUGGAAUCGUGGAGAGAACGUGAAGCAGAUGUUGAAGGCCUUAGAAGCCAAGGGUGUCCAGUGGGACGUCGAUGGAAUGAUACGCAGGACCAAGAGUCCCUGCGCUCUUCACCAAUCCCCGCGGCCUUGA